AUGCUCUAUUGGGCACUUGUUAUAUUCUUAGAGCUUUUAGCUAUUGCAGGAAGCGUUCUAUUACUGAUCCCUCUUCCACUCAAACUCCGCCAAAAGAUUAUUGACUUGUUCUACUCAAAGAAAUAUUGGUUAUUAGGUCUUAUUGGCUUAUUCUCAUUAUUAUUUGCUCAGGAAUUUACAGAACAAGCCAAGUACGCUAUGAGAAGAAGACAAGCAACAAACGAUCAAUCUCAAUUCUACGCUACUGAGACAUUCAAGCAUCAGAGAAAUAUGUACAUUGCUGUACUCGGCAUUGUAUUAUUCGGAAUUGUAUUUAUUUUAGCUAAACUCCUUAAGAACUUUACAGUCGAAAUCGGUCUCCUCCAGGAACAACUUGCUGUUCAUCAAAGAAAGGAACAAGAAAAGAAGGAAAAUAAGGAAGAUUAA